GUCCUUGCCGAUCCCCCCCUUCCCCACUACAUACACCCCGAUAGUCCCAGCUCUGCUCAGCUUUUGUUCCGGGACACGCCCCCCAGAACGUCCAUUGGUUUGUUUAAAAGUCGUCCCAAGCCAACGAGGUUUGUGAUUGGAUAACAAAAAGGAAAAGGGGGCGGGUACUAUGUAACGUCCGUUGCCCUGACAACACCCAGCCGCGACGCGUUCGGCUUCCUGCUUUUUAUGGGAGUUUUUUUUUUUUCACGGAGUCACGUGAUGGGUGACCCGGAAGUAGAAGGCGGAAAGGGUCCUGGGUGCACACCGUCUUAUUAUGUAGUGUGGAUGGAUUAGUCCCGGCUUUUAGCGACGCGUUCGGCUUCCUGCUUCUUAUUUUUAUUUUAUUUCCCAUGGAGUGACGUGACGGGUGACCCGGAAGUAGAAGGCGGAAAGGGUCCUGGGGUGCACACUGUCUUAUCAUGUUAGUGUGGAUGGAUUAGUUCCGUCUUUUUUAGGCGUUACUAUGCCGGGCGAUCUGGACUGGGAGGCCUUGGUGGCCAUCAAGAAUUCCUCUAAGGGGAAGCUGCAGUAUAAUAGAAAAUGGAGCUCGGAGGAUGCUCUGGGUAUCGAGUCUGUGGUGGCGCUGUCUGAUACUCCGCCUGGGUACUGGAUAAUAUCAGCUGCAAAAAAUCGGACAGCACUCUCGUGGAGACCGCACUCCCGCUGCAGGAUGACCCCGCGCCCGUCACACGCAAAGACUCUGAUAAGCGGCACUCCGAACUGUCGCCUAAAGAAACCGCGACGCCGUCAAAACCACGGCUGGCCAAAGCAAUGGAAGUUCAAGGCAGCAUAUUGUUGUUUGAGAAAGCCCACAAGAUGAAAGCGCAGGAAAAAAUGCAGGCGCGGCUCGACAUGUGUAACCAGUUCAGCAAAUCCAUAGCGGAGAAGUCUGUGGAGCAGCUGAAGCGCUUCGAUGAGAUGAUGGAGCUGAAGCAGAGACAAGAGAAGCAUCAGCUGCUGGAACAACUGGAGCAGAGCUCUAAGGAGGUCUUGGGACAGCAAGAAAAACUAAAGGAGGAACAUCGUCAUAGAGCGAAGGUCAGCGUCAUGUCACGGGCCUGGAAUCCCAAUCUUGUGACUUUGAAGCUUCGUGAAGCAGAGCAGCAACGCCAACAGGAAAUGGAACGCGUCCGGCAAGAGGAAGGGCGCGAGAGGAUGCGCCGCCUGUGCACUGUGCAGCAAGAAGUGCUGCAGCUUGUUCAGAAAAUUCAAGUGGACUACAAGCAACAGGAAUCCCUGCGUGUGGAUCUCUCUGCUUAUGGCCACCGAGGGAACCAAAUAUGUGGCAUUCUAUCCUCUGUUGUUCGCUCUAGUAGUGAGAGAGGUUUCCCUACACAGGAUGAUGUGAGUCUUGGGGAGCGCUCCCUGCAGGAGAUGCAGAUGUUGGCGAGCACCAUAGAGAAGGAAUUGGCUGCAGCCGAACAGAGGAAGAAGGCGGAGGAAGAAGCUGCUAAGCAGGCACUACUACAACAACAGCAGCAGCAACAGGCAGUGCCACAGAGCCCAGCUCCAGCGCAGGACCGGAGGCAAACUAAACAAGAAGGACUCCAGAAAAAGGCUUCAAAGGGCACAUUGGAAACCUUUCUGCAGCUGCAGAAGGUAUUGGAGAGGUGUGAGAAUGCCUGUGAAGACCUGUCAACAAGCAAAGACCCAAAGAUAAAAAAGAUCAGGGCUGAUUUUCAGAGGGCGGUUAACAUCCCUGUCAGCCAGAUAUCCAGCGUAUCAGGGUCUCAUGUGAAGAGCACAUUUGACAAGAUUAAUAAUUUCCUGAUGGGAAAACCCACUGUCUCUGCUGGGCAAACCAUCCUUCUAUCUCAGCAUCCCCUAGGUCUGGACUUUGCUUGUCUGAAGUUGGCAGGAAAGUUAGUGAAUCAAGGUGAAGAGGAAGUUGCUUCUCAUCAUGAAUCCGCCUUUCCUAUUGCUUCAGUGGCUUCUGCCUUAUGGGAGCGGUAUCCCAUAGUGCGGGAACUUUUCCUUGCCAACCUGCACAAGAAGUGUCCGUACGCUGUUCCGUUUUACCCAACUUGUAGUGAAGACACCCCUCCGAUGGAAUAUAAGAGGUUGCUGGGAUACAAGGUGAAGGACUCUGUGGUGGAAGAACAAGAUAGCUUCCUGAAACGCAUGUCCGGAAUGAUUCGGCUCUACGCUGCCAUUAUGCAAGUUCGCUGGCCUUUUGACUCACAUCAGGGGAACCACCCACAUGGAUUAAAUCAUGGAUGGCAUUGGUUGGCACAGACGGUGAAUAUGGAGCCACGGUCGGAUAUAACAGCCACCUUACUCUUUGAUUUCUUGGAGGUUUGUGGCAACGCUAUGAUGAAGCAAUACCAGGAUCAGUUCUGGAAACUCCUAACGUUAAUCCAUGACCGGUAUUUCCCAGAGAUUGAGAAGAUCACCACCAGUACAGAAAUGGGGUCGGCUUCUCGACUCAAGCAUUUCCUAGAGGGAGCGAUACGACGGAAGGAUAUCCCUUUACCCAAAGGAUAUUUAUCAGCCUCAUUCUGGAGGACGUGAUAAUGUUCAAGACUUUUUUGAUAUUUUAUUUCUGUAAAAUCUAUUUCUACAAUUAUACAUGGUGCGUACUGCCAAUAAAAUGUUGUUUUAAAAAAAAAAAAUAAUAA